AUGACACACUUCAUGACAGCUUGUACGAAUAACACUUUACGAAGGAAUGAGGACACAAAGAAUCACAACCAACAUCUCGUUUCGAGUACUUUACCCAUAACCUCUUGGACCUGUGAACAAGUCCAAGAAUGGAUUCAAAAAUUAGAGAUUCAUGAUACUCUCACUGCAAACAAUAACAACAGCCAAUUGGAUCAAAGUAUUGGAUCCUGUGACACUGAGCGUGCAUCUUUAUACUCUGAGCUUGUUGUUUCAACAAAAUCAGUGGAGCAAGAAUUAACAUCAUCACCAGCAUGCUCACGUUUCACAUCUUCUAAUUUAGGCUUACCAAAACAACGAUUACAUUCUCUCAAGGAUGCAAUACCUUAUUUUAAGUUUCACUCCAUACUUGGAAUUGAUUUAUUAGAAUUGAGAGUGAAUGAAUUGGAAGAAAUGUUUUAUGAGGAUUUUUCUACAUCCUUAGAAGACGAAGAAGAAAUUUUCCAAACUGUUCCAACAACAAUAUGUACGACUCUUACUCCUUCUAAUACUCCAUCAUGUCAUUAUACAAUACCUAUUCCAUGUGAUCCUAACGAUGUACAGACUCGACAUUUCAUUCAAAAAUUGUAUCAUAAUAUUUGUAAUUUAAAACAACAACAUGAACAAAUGAUGGCAGAAAUGCAUCCUGUUCAUUCUCGAAUUCACUGA